GAUCCUUCCUCCCGAUCAUGAUGGAACAACCUUCAUAGUAGCCAUGGCCAACCUGCCCGGCCACAGCCACUGAUCUGGCGCAGCUAUUAACUCCCUUCCCUCCUCCCUCCUCGUGCACUUUUCAUCUUAACGCCUCUGAUGGAGUGAACACAUCGUUCAUAUUUAACGGACGGCCAUGCGCAAGAGAGAUAGAGCGCGAGAGAGAACGAGAAAGAGAGUGAGCUUUCCGUGUCGUCUGACUUUCUAGACCUGCUGUCCUCCUUAUGAACUGGCCGUUAGUUUUUUGCGUCGGUGUGGUAUGGAAAGGGAUCAAUUGAGCGCAGGGGGAGGUUAAUAGAUUCGAGGUUUGGUUUGGAGCUGGUUGAAGCGUCUUGACGAAGUGGCUCAGAGUACAUGCUGCGUUAACUCUGAGUGAGGCUGUUGCGGUUGUGGUGGUUGAAGAGAGUGCUGCAGAUGGUGAUUAGUUAGUCCUUUCCCUCCACUUUUCUCGCUCCUCUUCUUUCUACAAGGAGAACGGUUGGGUAAUGAUGGGAUGACAAUGCUUCAUCCGUACCGCAUGUGUCUCUGCAGAAUUCUUAUGCAGCCUUCACUAGGAAUUCUGCUCGCUGUGGGAAGUGCUUCUUUGUACUUGUUCGAACAGUACCUCAGCAUAGCUACUAACAUAACCUUCUCUGUUGUUGCAAGGACAGAGAAUAAUUGUAUUUGGACAGUCUAAUACAUGUUCAUUUGAGGAUAUUUGAGGAAAUUGAUAUUAAAAACGAACAGUUACAAUCCUACUCCUAGCCUUAGAGCAACAUAGAGUCUCUGGUAUUGAGCGAACGAGAUCAACGUUUACUUGUUUCUUCUGCGGUUAUCGGCCUGGACCUGGGUGGAAGUGGACAUUAAGUGCAUCCUUGAAGGAGUCAGAAAACUCAUGAUCUAUAAUACUUGUUUGUGAGCCAAGGGUACAUCGUUUUAAAUUUCAUUUUGAACGGUAUCCUUCGUAUGCACAUAGCAAAUAGGUUGUCGCUCGGCGUGUGGACAAUAUACCAGAAGUGACCGUGAAAGUGGCGUCCAUGCCUAACCUAUACAGAUCUAGAAUCUUACUGUACACAAAGAGACUCUUCUUCCUGCUCCUUUGUUGAGCAUAUAUACCAAAGAUUAUAUGGUACUCAUAGAAUGAUCAAAUCCUUCCGCCUGCAUUUCAUUCGAUUAUCGGUUGUGGACUCUGCUUGUUGCCAUUCGGAGCACGUUUAUGACAAAUGUCUAGUUACGUCACAGCUCUCGUCAUUUGAAUUUAAAAUUAUUUUAAACCGAUGGAGUAGUUUCAAUUAGCCCUUGUUCACGGUAUCGGCAAUGAGCUAUUUAGUUCUUUUCUGAGACUUACACACUGGCGCAUUCCUGGUAGAAGCCACAACAUGUUGAUUUGCUCAGCGAAACGACUACUCGGAAGCAGAAGUUCCCUUGCAAAAUAUCGCAAUGGCGCACACUCAAAAUUUGCACGUCACUCUGCAGUCCUUUAUCCAGAUGGGAGGAGCCCCGCCUUUAAAGAGGAGUGCAGAUUUGCUGCCUUGGAUGACGCAGGUUCCAAUUUCUCGAGCGGUAUAUCGAAAUGGGGAAUCUUGUGGAAGCAUCGAAUGCAUAGCACCACGGGAAUUCGGCUGGAAGAGCCGUUACAGAAAAGUAUGACAGAAAUUGUGCCUCGCUUGGCUUUAGUACCAUCAGAUAUCCGCUAUGAGGACCUAGUUAUCACAAGAUCAGAACACAUACAGGUUAAACCAAAACUAGAUGCGACGACACUGAGGUUUGGAGCGGUGUACAGUGACCACAUGCUGCAAGCUUCAUGGAGGGAAGAGUUGGGAUGGACGGCCCCUUCAAUUGACCCAUUGAGCUCUGUUUCUCUUCAUCCAUGUGCACAGGUUCUGCACUAUGCAGUUCAAUGCUUUGAGGGAAUGAAAUGCUAUAAAGGAAAGGAUGGCCGAUUGAGACUUUUUCGGCCUGACAUGAACAUGGAUCGUUUCGCUCAUUCCGCUGAUCGUCUCACUUUGCCUCAAUUUGAUAAGGUAGAAUUGCUGGAAUGUAUUAAAGAGCUUCUGCGAAUCGAGCGUGACUGGGUUCCCGACGAAGAGGGGUUUUCAAUUUACAUUCGACCACUGUUGAUUUUUGUCACUCACCCAUUUCUCGGGGUUUGUCCUACAAGAGAGGCCAUGUUAUUUGUUAUCCUAUCACCAGUCGGCCCUUAUUUUCCCAGCGGCCUGAAACCUAUUAAACUCUAUGUAGAAACACAGAAUGGACGUGCAUUUCCCGGAGGCGUAGGAGAUACGAAGAUCGGUGGUAAUUACGCCCCAACUUUACUGCCUCAACUGAAUGGUACUCAGUUAGGCUGUUCGCAAGUAUUGUUCGUGCUGCAAGAUGGGAAUCCUGGGGGCGGCCUCGUUGGGGAGUCAAGUUCUAUGAAUGUGUUUUUCCUCAUCCAGCAAGACGGCGAGAAUAGAGAGCUAGAACUAGUGACUCCUCCUUUGGAUGGUCUCAUACUGCCAGGAAUUACGAGGGACUCUGUGCUCACACUUGCCCGGGGAUUUGGAAACAUGAAGGUUUCGGAGAGACCUCUUCGUUUUAAUGAGCUGGAGGGGGCGGCGGAAAAUGGUCGAUUAUUGGAGGUCUUCGGUACAGGGACAGCGUGCAUGGUGCAGCCAGUGAUGGGCCUUGUCAUGAAAGAUCAGACUGAGAUCGUGGUUCCUUUUAAUAAUGAAGCUGCUGAGUAUUGGCUAGCAAAACCACCUGGGACAGCUGGUCUCCCUCAUUCAUCAGCGGGAGAGCCACUAAGUGUUUGUGGGCGUCUAACCAGAGCACUUCUGGAUGUACAGCACGGGCACGUCGAUAGUAAGUGCUUUGACUCAACUCAAGCUGUGUGAGAAUUCACGCUAGCCAGCUAUGGAUAAGGCCCUAGCGACGGAGAUUCACCCACAAUGCCAUCCCAAGCAAGUGCUGAAGGAUCACUUGGUCAGAAAAAGGCAGCAGGUUCAGUAUUAAAUGUGUUUGAGGGUGCAGAUAGAACUGCUUGGAGCUUAGGAUGAGAAGCUUCAAACGAUUAGCAAUCGUUGGGCGACCGGGCACAGAUUCCACGGCUGAGUGGGUGUAAUCCAGAAGAUGAGAAAUAUUCCUGCUUCGAGUGCAGCCUCCUUUACUCAUUGAAUACCUUACCCUUACUUUGACUAUGGAAUCGGAACCAUUCCUUCUCAAAGGAAGAAAGCUUAAAAUUAGAUAUAAAAGACACAGAAAGGAUACUGUGGCAUGAAACGAUGACUCAUCGAAGAGUCAUCCAGAAAUUGGUCAUCCAGUAAAUCAGGAGUCUGGGAAGAAGCAUUCUAUCAUAGAUUCUCCACCUGGAAGAAAUAUGUUCACCUUGAGGCUCCUCAGGAAUUAAUUCCUUUUCAGCCCAGCUCCAGUCAAAAGCGUUGGGACAAUGCAUGGGCUCAUCACCGUUUCUGAAGGUGGAUCUGCAGUAAGUGUGGUAGCGUGCCGAAACAUAUCAGACGCUGCAGCCAACAAGAUUGGAUGGAUCCAUCCGAGAAACCAACCUGCUGUUUCAACACAUACACGUUACGAGCGCAGAAUGUGAAAUGGUGGGAAAUAUAACCAUCAGUACGAAGUGCGAGGAGAAUACUUUCACGGUAAGUCCAUACAGGAUUGAAGCAACACAAAGAAGUCCAUAAAGCUGCAUGUAGUUGAUAGGUGAGGUCAGCACACAAGGAACGCCCAAAAGUCUUAAGCCUCCCCACAGUCAGCAAUAGCGGUUGUCGUGGAAUGCAAGAAAGACACAGUUCGAACUUGCUAUUGAUAGUGAUGCUAAUUCGAACCUGUUCCGGCUUUAGAAUUCCUCUACAACGCAGCUGAUCAUCUCAAAUUUCAACAUAUUUAACAUAAUUAACCGUGCUUUCCAGACUCUACCAA